CCCACCUUGACAAACACAAUGUUAGAAAGCUUUUUACUUGGGGCCCGCAUUCUUUACAAUGCAAAAUAUGCGAAAUUUUUGCAGCCAAAAGGCAAGGCGGACGGCCCCCCAAAAAGAUUGUAGGAAGAGGAAGACCAAAGGGUAAAUCCCAAAACGAGCAGAGCAACACAGCCACGACUAUUCAGUCAAUACCAAAGGAAAUGAUUCCCGAUGUUCUUAUUAACGAAAUGCCAGAAACUGAACGCUUUGUGUGUCCUCCCGACUUUGUUUUCUGUGCUAUAUGUAAAGAGGUUCUGACGCAGCCUCUAGCAACUCCAUGCGACCAUUACUUCUGUGUGCUUUGCAUCUGCGAAUGGCUAGAUCAAACAUACAACAAAUCUGGAUGCCCCGUUUGCAAAGCCAGCAUUUCCCCCGGCGUGCUUCAUAAGAUUCCGCGAGUUUUAGGCAACACCCUAGCCUCAUGCCAAGUUUUAUGUAGAUCAUGUAAGGAACCACAUCGUCUGGAUAACCUUGCCGCACACGAGGCAAUCUACACUACGUACAUAGCGCAGCCUGCGACAACAACUGUGCGCGAAAUCCUCAAUGCGGGCAAAGACACCCCACUCUCACAGGUCGAGGAGCGGAUAUGUACUCAGUUAAUGAAGAGGAAGUUGAGUGUAUCCCAAUCUCUGCCAGUUCUCUUGUUUACAGGUGGCACGGCAGAAAAAGGCUGAGAUGCAAAGGAUGGGCCAAGAGGAGAGAGAAACCAUAGCACAAGAAGCUGGGCUGAAGAUUGAAGUACCUGAAGGGCAAUGGCUGGCCAUGAAAGCAGACAUAGGGAUACCCUGGAACAAAUUAAGAGAGUUGAAAAGGUGGCUUAAUAGCUUUGGGUUGCAAAUUGCCAGUGAGAAGAAACAGCGCAAGCUAGCAGAAGGCCAAAAGUUCACAGACAUUUAUUCAGAGGAAAUGCCAUUUGUUUUCAGCAAGAACGGAGGUGGCACAGAAAUACGUCUGGCUGUCUGUGCCCAAGUUGAGGACCUUACAGCCCUGGUCUAUGGCCACUUAGAGGAGAACAUGGAGUAAGUUUUACACCCCAAAUUCUGCAUUAUUAAAAAUAUUUUUCCAUUUCAAAACAAAAAAA